AUGGUUGGGAACCCCCAAUCCAUGUUCGAAUACCCUCUCAAGCGGCUCGCCUCUUUGAGGGCAGUAGCAAAGCAUGGGCUCGAUGCUUACUGUUUGGCUCCGCAGCAGAGGCUUUGGGUAGCUUUGCUCCUAAUCUUGCUUCUGAAAAGCAAGCCAACCGAGUCCCACCGAUACAUCGUCGGUGACAAUGAAGGUUGGACCUACGGCGUCUCUGGCUGGCAGAAUGGCAAAGUUUUUUAUCACAAUAACGUUCUCGUUUUCAACUACGAAGCGGGAAUUCACAACGUGGUGAGGGUGAACAGACAGGAAUACGAAACAUGUCAGCCGAAGCCGAGUUCUAAGACGUACAAUUCAGGUCAUGACGAGUUCAAGCUAAAAAGAGGAAUGAAUUACUUCAUCUGCGGCGUGCAUGGACAUUGCCAGCUCGCUGGCAUGAAAAUUUCCAUCAAUGCCCACUAA